AUGAAAUUCACAGGAGAGAAACUGAAAAAGGUCAAAGGAGUGUUUACAGCCCUUUCAUCUGUGAUAGAUGAAACCCUGCACAUAGGACCCUUGGCAGUAAUGGAUACGGAUGUGGAGAUAAUAACAAAGUGGGACUUUGGAUCAUCAGAGCUGUAG